UUGCCUGGUUGCAAUUCUUACGCAUAAAUCCUUCACGCCGACAUGGCCUCUUUUCUCUUGUUCCUCUCUGCGUCUGUGCUGUUUGCUCAGUCCACAGCAGCCUUCAACUGCGCGAAAGCUCCUAUCUACGUCGAUAUCCACAAGCGAGCUGUCCAUGGGACUGAUGUGUUUCAAUACGGCUCGUUCAUAGGCGUGGGAAACCCGUCACAGAAUCAGAGCCUAUGGCCGUCGUUGAUCCGGAAUGACACUAUCAUCACGGAUUCAAAUUAUUGUGAUCAUAGUACCCUCGCGAAUUGUGCACAGUCUACUCGCGGGAACUUCGACACCUCGCUCUCUACCUCAUUCGUCCAAGAGAAAAAUUUCCAAUCACUGGAUCACAACAUAACGGACCUGAAUGGAACCUUCACAGGAGAGUUCGGCCAGGACGAUCUACACCUAUACACCCAUUUUUUCGAAACCGAUGGCGCUUCACAGAACGUCGUCAGCAAGUACACAAUUGAGGUUGCCACGAAUGGCAGCGCUGCUCCAGGCAUAGUUGGCAUGGGUUACUCCUCUACCCUCCUACAGACGCUUUAUGACCAAAAUCUGAUUGCGGGCCGAACCUACUCCCUGUAUAUCGGAUCUGGAAUGGACCGUGCCGGUGGUGUCAUCAACGGCAGCAAUGUCUUCGGUGGCUACGAUGCCGGUCGAUUCCAGGGCGACGUCCACAAAUACCCAAUGCGUACCGACAACGCUUCUCCUUUCCCUGUUACUGUCCAAGACAUCAUCAUCAGCGAUGGUGGGGAUUCGACCAGCAACAUCUCUCUCUUCGACCCAGCCAGUUUCUCCAACUUGAAGACCCGGCCAGACCCUUUCGAAGCUAGGCUCACCACCGAGCAAUAUCCGCUCUCUCUCCCAUACGAGAUCACCCAAAACUACAUCAAGAAGCUAUCAGCAGGACCUUCCGGCAACUCCGAUGGCUCACUGAAGCUCAACAAGCCCUUUGCCGGCACCAUGACCAUCAUCCUCGACGACGGCUUCACCAUCACAAUGCCCAACAACGUCAUGUUCAACACCAGCGGCAUUUCCCCCGUCGCCGCCCGCGACGAGAACUCCACCGACCCCUUUCUCCUCUCCGUCGCCUUCCUCAGCCAGGUCUACCUCAUGGCCGACUACGACACCUACCAGUUCUUCCUCGCGACCGCCAUCCAAGAGCAGAAAGCAGUCAUGCCCCGCACCUUCUGCCCCAAGGCCACCCCAACGCCCUACAUCCCACCAAAGGCCUCGGGCUUCGCGCAGCAAGGCAUGAUCGGCGCCGUUAUCGGCGGCGUCGUGGGCGGGAUCGGCCUCAUCAGCUUCGCGAGCUGCCUCUUCCUGGGCCUGCGGUCGUCGCGCGCGGCGAAGAAGGCGGAGCGGGCGGAGGAGGAGGAGAAGGCGCGGGGCAAGGCGACGAUGCUGCAAUUUGAUAUUGAUGACAAGACGGACUUUGAGGCGCCGCCUAAGACGGCGACGCCGUUCUUUUGGAAUAAGCGAUGAGCGUUUGGCGAUGGGGCAUGGCGUUUGUGGAUAGGGAAUAUGGAUACAGGGGCCUCGGGAUGGCGUCUUUUAAUUAUACCCCAAGUUUUCUGAAGCAUUCGUUUGCGCCAGUGCUUUCUUUUCGUAGAUAGAAUAGGGAUUACGGAAAUUAUGAACGAAUC